AUAACCAAAUCGUCCAAAACAACAAAACACAAGCAACAAGCACUUUACUUUUUUUCAAAAAAAAUUCAAACGUGAAACAAAGCACAUACAAUUUUUUUAUAAAAAAAAAUAAAAUGGAAGCAUCGAAGAAGCUUGUUGCGAUAUUUCUCGUUUGCAUCGUUAUGAUUUCAUCAUCUGUACACGUCUCCAUGGCUGAGGGAGAAAGUAACACAGAGAAAUUUAAAAAAGCAUUUACCGCUGUUGCAGCUGAAUACACAGUUUGUUACAAUAUAUGUCAAAAAUUAUGCUCCGAUGCAGGAUUUGGUUAUACACAUUGUGAGAUGAAGUGCGAUGAAGAUUGCACAGCUAGACUGCUCAAAGAUAGACUCCAAAACAUGAAGAAUUAAAGCCUUGGAAAUGGACCAAAGGAUGCAAAUGUAGGGGAAGGAAACAAAAUAAAACAGUGGUUUUUUUGAAAUUUUAUUUAUACUAAUUCAUUAAUUGACCACUGUAAUUGUAAUUUUUAAGAUUCAAUAUAAUUGUUUCGUUCUCUAAUUA